GUCGACGACCACCAUGAAGGCCCAGCUGAUUGGUAUUGCGCUCGCGGUGGCGUCCGCGCAAGCUGCCACGUGCAGCACCGUGCUCUCCAACACGGACUACAUUGGCAACGACAUUACGACGACGACGCAGACCAAGUACGACGCGUGCUGCGACGACUGCAACAAGACGCUCGGGUGCUCGCACUACGUCUGGAACAGCUACACGAGCACGUGUAUUCUCAAGGGCGGCGUGCCUGGCGCGCCGGUCAAGGUCGAUGGUGCGUUCGCAGCGACGCUCAAGGCCGGCCCCAGCGAUGCCACGUGCAGCGCGGUCAAGAAGGACACCGACUACUUUGGGAACGACCUCACGACGACGAGCCGCAACAGCUACGACGCGUGCUGCGCCGACUGCAGCAAGGCCAAGGGCUGCACGCACUACGUCUGGAACAGCCACACGAGCACGCGGGGCUCCUGUGCCGGGUGCGUACGCGGCCAAGCUCGCGAACGCGACGCCAUUGCCAACGACGCCGUUUGUGCCGGUGCCCGGCGGUGA